AUGGCAAACCCUCGAACAGAGUUAAUCCUCAAAAAAUGUGGAAAAGGGCAUGUGCAAAACAUGCCAAAGUACUACGAGAAUUAUUCGAAAGUCUUGCAAUCAAUGCAAAGGGAGAUGCAGAAGAAAAAGUCUGCUACCGGCGAAGAAGGCAACGUACCUAACCGUGUUUACGUGUUACCGCAGUGCAUGAAUGACCUUUCCACUGAAGAUUGUCACACCUGCUUCUCUAAAAUCAAUACCUUAUUGCCUGGUUGCUUUCCAUCAGCCAGUGGUCGUGUCUUUUUCGAUGGCUGCUGCAUCAGGGUCGACAAUUAUAGUUUCUUUCAUGAAUCCACUUCGUCUGAUGAUACGUCGAGAUGCAGUGAUUCCCAGGAUGGUUCGAAGCAAUUUUUAAGCAUGGCACACAUUGUGAUUGAUAAGUUGGUACACAAGGCACUGGAUAACAAAGGCUAUACAGUGUGGCAUGCGACAUCUUAUGGUAUACCAGUCUAUGGUAUGGAAAAUUGCUGGGAGAUGUUGGAAUCUAGCUCCUGUGCCUCUUGCCUGGAAGAUGCAAAGAAAAGUCUUAUAAGGUGCUUGCCAGCAGUAGAGGCGCAUUCACUCAAUGCUGGCUGCUUUUUGCGUUACUCAGAUUAUGACUUCAUUAACAAGGAAGGUUUAUUGUCAAAUGAAGAUGGGGUUUUUGUAUACCUCUUGUAUGUUCUUGGUGCAGUUGGCAUCUGUUUAUUGGCAAUCCUCUCAGGAUGUUUUUCAGGCAAAUUCAUCUACACCCUACGCCAAAAUAAUAUAAAGGGAUUGGAUAUGGACUUAACAGUAAUGAAGAUGAGCUUUCGUUUCAGAUAUACAACACUGAAAAAAGCUACUGAAGGCUUCAGUGAAGCCCACAAGAUUGAUCAAGGAGCAUUUGGUGAGGUAUUUAAGGUAAGUGCAUUCCUUCAAGCUUCUUCUUUGAAUUCUGCUUUUCAUGUAUUAUAUUGUUCGCUUCUCUGGUUUGAGUGGGGAAUCUUGCCAGAUGGUAGAGAAAUGGCCAUAAAACGGUUAUUUAUAGCAGGCAAGCUUCGAGUUCAGGAGGUCUGCAAUGAAGUGGAUGUCAUUGGUCAAGCCCAACACAAGAACUUAGUUCGCUUCCUUGGUUGUUGCUUUACUGAUGAAGACGGUUUCCUUGUCUAUGAAUUCCUCGCAAACAAAAGCCUUGACCUCAUGUUAUUUGGUAUGCUAUCAAAAAUAACAGCAAAUCUCAAUCUCCUCUGA